GUCCAGUCCAGUUUUGGGGCGAAGCCCACAUGCCCAAUCCGUCAUCUGUGUUGGACUUGAACGUGAAAGAAACCUUCGAAAACCCAAAUCCAGAUCCUUGUCCCUUCCGAUUUCAUGAUUUUAUUGCAGAAAAGCCUGCAAUUAUUUGUUCAUUUCUUCCUCUUUCUGCCCGAAAUUCACAACUUCCCAUUACUAAUUAUCUAGCUCUACUGAAUGGAAUCGAUUUAAUUCAUUCCUCCGAUCUCUGGUUCUUCAGCUCAUUACCAGCUCUUCCACCAUGAAAUUCUAGCCAAAUUCUCAUCUGGGUAUUGCCUCCGCAGUCAUUACAGUGAGAAGUUUCGUCUCUAUCAAUGGCGGGUUCCUCUCUCAUGGAGACUCUCUUCCAGCGAACUCUCGAUGACCUUAUCAAAGCCCUCCGCCUCCAACUCCUCGGAGAGUCUGCUUUUAUCUCCAAAGCCAUGGACGAGAUUCGCCGCGAGAUCAAAUCUACGGACCCUCAAACUAAGUCCACCGCUCUGCAAAAGCUCUCCUAUCUCAGCUCCCUUCACGGUAUCGAUAUGAAUUGGGCUGCCUUUCAUGUCGUCGAGGUUAUGUCAGCCUCUCGCUUCGCCCAAAAGAAGAUCGGGUACCUCGCUGCCUCCCAAUCGUUUCACGAAGCCACCCCAGUUCUCCUCCUCAUUACCAACCAGCUCCGGAAGGAUUUAACUAGCACGAACGAAUUCGAGGUCAGCCUUGCUCUUGAUUGUUUGUCCAGAAUUGCAACUAUCGAUCUUGCUCGGGACUUGACCCCUGAGAUUUUUACAUUAUUGUCGAGCACUAAGCCCUUUGUUAGAAAGAAGGCAAUUAGUGUGGUUUUGAGGGUUUUUGGGAAAUUCCCAGAUGCUGUUAGGGUGUGUUUUAAGCGUUUGGUUGAGAAUUUAGAUAGUUCGGAUCCCCGGAUUUUGUCUGCUGUUGUUGGGGUGUUUUGCGAGCUUACUUCCCAGGACCCUAGAUCUUACCUUCCAUUGGCACCCGAAUUUUAUAGGAUUUUGGCCGAUAGCAAGAACAAUUGGGUGCUCAUUAAGGUCUUGAAGGUAUUUAAAAAUCUUGCUCCAUUGGAGCCUAGACUGGCUAGGAAAAUUGUUGAACCUAUAACUGAGCAUAUGAGAAGAACAGAUGCUAAAUCCUUGAUGUUUGAGUGCAUUAGGACUGUAGUGACUAGCUUGUCGGACUUUGAAUCAGCAGUUAAACUUGCUGUUGAGAGAACUCGAGAAUUUUUGGUUGACGAUGAUCCGAAUCUAAAGUAUCUUGGAUUGCAUGCUCUUUCAAUCCUUGUGCCAAAACACACGUGGGCUGUUUUGGAGAAUAAAGAGGUUGUAAUUAUGUCUCUAAGUGAUGUGGAUCCAAAUGUUAAACUUGAGUCCUUGCGGCUUGUGAUGGCUAUGGUUUAUGAUAAUAAUGUAGCUGAAAUUUGCAGAGUUUUGGUGAACAUUGCGAUUAAAUCUGAUCCUGAGUUCUGUAAUGAAAUUCUUGGGUCCAUAUUAGCUACGUGUGGUGAAAAUGUGUAUGAAAUUGUUAUCGACUUUGAUUGGUAUGUGUCGCUUCUUGGAGAAAUGUCGAGGAUCCCACAUUGCCAAAAGGGAGAGGACAUUGAAACUCAGCUUAUAGAUAUUGGUAUGAGGGUGAAGGAUGCUAGGCCUACUCUUGUCAUGGUUGGCCGUGAUCUGCUGAUUGAUCCAGCGUUACUCGGUAAUCCUUUCAUGCAUAGGAUACUGUCAGCUGCUGCUUGGGUGUCAGGCGAAUACGUGCAGUUUUCAGGCAAGCCAUUCGAGCUCCUAGAGGCGUUGUUACAACCUCGCUGUAAUCUCUUGCCACCAUCAGUUAGAGCAGUUUAUGUUCAGUCAGCGUUUAAAGUGUCGGCUUUUUGUUUAAAUUCUUACAUUCAAGAGCAAUACGUUGAGUCCUCUUCGUAUGUUGAUACUUUGACAGAGAAUGAUUCAGAAUCGAUCUCUACCAGGGAUUGCCAAGAUGCUUCUAAUCUUCGUGAACAGGUGGAGACACUGUCUCGUGUCCAGACUUGUACGUCUGCAUCGUUGGAGGAUAAUGGUUCGUCUAUUGGAUCGAUAGUUGAGUUGUUGGAUUUUGUUCAGUUUUCUUUGGGUCCUUUAACGUGGAGCCAUGAUGUUGAAUUGCUUGAGAGGUCUAGAAACUUGCUCAAUUUUAUUGAGCUAAUUAGACAACAGAUUCCUGAUGGGAGUUCAGAAAUGAAACUUGCUGAAAUCUCCAAAAUAGUUGAACUGGUUCUUGAUGCUUUCUCCGAUGACUUUGGCCCAAUCUCAAUAAAUGCUCAAGAAAGAGUUCCAAUUCCUGAAGGAUUGAUAUUCAAGGAGAAUCUUGAUGACUUGGAAAUGAUAUGUAGUGAUACUCAGCUACCAGAAAGCUCCUUUUCUUUUGGAAGUUCUCUCUAUGAGGAGAGGGUUGAUUCGUCUAUAUUAUCGCAACGGAGCCAGCAAGAGUCUGAACCCUCAAACGCAACCACAUCUCUUCUCUCCGAACAUCGUAAGCGCCAUGGACUGUAUUAUCUUCCAUCAGAUAAGACUGAUGAUGCCUCUAACGAUUAUCCACCGGCCAAUGAACUCAAGUUACAAGAUCAUCUGGAUGACGACGCAGCCCACCUUGUCAAGCUUGCAGAACGGUCACUCGCAUUAAAGAAAAAGUCUACUUCAGCCAAGCCUAGGCCUGUGGUAGUGAGAUUGGAUGAAGGAGAUGAAUUGCCCGUAACGAGGAAGAAGCCUCAGUCGAAGGAUGAACAGCUUUCCGAUGCAGUACGCAAUGUUCUUGUGGGUAGUGAUGUAAUGCCUACUUCCUCACAGACAAACCAAUCUUCCAAACCCUCUAGCAGGAGAAAAGGAAAGGAGAAACAGAAUGCUGAUAAUCUUUCUGAAUCAAAAGAAAACUUGGGUGAUGUUGAAGAGCAAUCCAAUACGGUAGAUACAAGUUCGAGAAGAACGCAUCGACGUCAUGGAAAAGAAGGCAAACAAUCAAGUCAUGAAAAGAGAAGUGAGAAAAAAGAUCAAGUUCAUAAGAAAGGCAAGCGAAUGAGUAGCCAACAGCACAGUAGGCAUAAAGCUAAACAAAGUGGAGAUGCUUCAUUACCUGUGGCUUCACAGACAGUUAUACCCGAUUUCCUUCUAUAGCGACAGAACAUUCCGACAUCGAUGACUGGUUUGAUUUCCAAAUUCUCGUGAGCCAUGGUUAGUCCUGCUGUAAAAAUUUGUUCAUUUUUUUGGUGUAUGUUUGGGGGUGCUUUUGGAUUCACUUGGGAUUAUCUGGUUUCUGGUAUUAAUAUGAAGCAUUUUUUUGAUAA